AUGUCCUCGCGGGAACCCUCGUCCGCGGGCCCUGCGGGCCCUGGCCCCGCAAGCGACGUUUCCGAGAAUGCCGGGACCACGAAAGCGAGCAUCCGGGGUGCUCUCGCUGCGCACGUCCAGUCGUUGGGUUGGGAAGAGCGAGAAUUCUCGGACGUCACGGUGACUGCGCUCGGAAAGGUGAGCCGCCAGGACGACUUCGAGGCCCCCAACCCUCUGUUGAACCCGGCAAUGAGCCGCCCCCGCGAAACGUCUAACAACGCCCCGAAACCUCAAUCCCAACAGGAAUAUCCGCUUCACCGCCUCGUCCUGUCUCGCUCGCCCUACUUCAGUGUCCUCAUGCGGGGCCCGUGGAAGGACGCGACGUCUCCGACGCUAACCCUGGAGAUUCAAGACCCCUUGGUCGACGAGGCAGCCGUCGAGGUGGCUCUCGGGUUUCUCUACGAGAAGGUCCCCGAGGAGCUGACUCCCGAGCUGGCGACGAGGACGCUCGCGGCGGCGUCCUUCCUCGAUCUGCAGGACCUGUGCGAGUUGUGCGCGGACGUCAUCGUGAGCGACAUCAGGACGGAGACGCUGUGCGAGUACGUGAAGCUGACGACGUUAAGUCAGUACAAGACGGUUCACGACGACCUCGUCGGGCCCGACCACGCCAGAAACGACAAGCUGGUAUCACCCUACGGCAAGCACGGUGACAAGAUAAAGGACGCGUGCUGGGGUUACAUGUGCCAGAACUCCUCCCGUAUCUUGAAACCUGGAAUAGAUCUAUUCUCGAACACCAACAGUGAUUUUGGCUACGCAGCGUGGGGGAGCAUCGUCCCCGCCCUGAAUUUGGGGUUGGUGGAGCACCUUUUCUGCUCUGACGAGCUCCAUGUGGAAGACGAGAGAGAUAGGUUCCUGAUGAUUGUCAAAACAGGGGGAGCAAUUCUGGAGCGCCUCAUGCGAGGUGAGUACCACGAUAAUGGUGGAGACGACGAUCACGCGCGAAAGCAGUGCGACCGAAUCGAAAGGCUCAUUGGUCUUCUGAAGAAUCCUUCGUCCGAUGAGCACGUCACUCGCGACGACGACGUUCCCCACCACGUCAAGUACCUGUGCCUGAAGGUGCUCGCGUCCGUUGUCUACAUGGGAUCAAAGGUACGAUACGAGCACGUCGAGGAUGCCACAGACUUUGAUGUCACUCAUAUCCACAUCAACGAUGAUUGGAAGUUUUCGGGUGAGAAGGUUUCCACCGGCUUUCCCCUCGAAGAGCGAACCUUGCGGUGGCUUGAAGACAUUUUCCCAAUAAACGCCGACGACCUGCUAAAGCUGCUGUGCCUUGACCUGGGAAUUCAAACGCCAAAGGAGUCAUUUUACAACGGUUUCCACGCUCACAAGCAAAAUACGCGGUAUUUUGUGGAACGUCUCAUGGAGAAAAGAAAGGAGAUCGCGAAGCCGCUCACAGUGGCCGCAGCCGGGGCUGAAACAGCAGCAAGGAGACUAAGCGAGAUGGGUGUAUCUGGAUCUGGCAACACGCUGACCGAGCUAGCGCCGGAAGGGGGAUUCGAAUGGACCGAACACGAAUUGGACAUUUUCGACGGGCUCCGUCCCUUCCGAUUCAGUGUGACGUUUCCCAACAUCCUGAACCUCAACGACGGUCAGGCAAGGCACAGCGAGGAAAAGUUCUACGCCGGAUCGUUGUGGAAGGGUACGACGAGCAACCUCCGCCGCCGCUGCCAACAGUGA